CUGCAAUGGGAGUACGUGUAUUCUCUAAAGAAGAUGUACUACUCUCUGUUGAGGAAAUGAAGAUCACUGAAUGUGUUACAGAUGGACAAUGCGACACAAACUCUCAAGAUAAUAUUCUAGCCUUGCUGGAGUUCAACCUACCUGAGUUGCCACAAGGAUGGGUCAAAGAGAUAGUAUACAGAAGAACAAGGACAAGGACGGGAAUAAAGAAAUAUCUGUACUAUACGGAUCCUGUUACCCAAUAUGUCUUCCGUACUCUGAAGGCUGCAAUUAGAUUUCUUGAAACGGGGGAAGUCACAAAACGUAAAUUUAUUCAAAAGACAAGUGUCCAUGACUUGUACUCUUUUGAAAAAUCUGCUGAUCUGCAUGAGAGUUUGCACAAGAGACUAGCAAAUAUUUUGAAGUAUGCUAAAACACGUGCAAGUUCACCAAAACCAAGAGGGCCAGCACAAAGGGAGAAAAUAAACUGCAAUGGCCAAACAUCAUAUAGCAGCGAGGACAGAGACACCGACGACGACACCUCUACAGGCUCGGACUCACCAAAUGAGCACCAAAACAUCAAGAACAAAACAAUAAAGAAUAAAAGGGGAGAAUCAACAAGCUGGUCCGAGACUAUCAAGCGUCCAAGAGGGAAACUUGUGAAAACAAACAGAUCAAACACAACGAAGGUUAGCACCAAAAGAGAAGUCAAACAACAUACGGGCUAAUCAAGCAAGGAAUGGCAGGACAUGAAGCCAUCGAGGGCAAAAACUAUAGAAAUCACUGGUUUUUGUAUCAAAUAGUAAUAUUUAGCCAGCAUUUUGUUCCAUUUUGCUUGCACAACUUCAUUAUACUUUAGACUAAAGAGUUCUAUAAUCUCUGUUGGGUUGUCCGAGGCUCGAACUGAAGGCAUCAACUAUAUAGCAAUAGCCAUUAUGUCCUAGGGCAGGAGACCCGCCGAGAGUCCUCGCACAUGCCGCAAUUCCAAA